UCAUCGCUUAAACAUCACCAACAACAACAACAAGAAUGCGGUCAGCAAAGGAGAAAGUGAAGGACAUGGCAAGCACCGCAAAAGAGAAGGUCACAGAGGGCACGGCCAAGACUCAAGAGAAAGCCGAGAAGGCCACGGCCCAUACCCACAAAGAGAGGGAGAUGGCCCACGAGAAGGAAAAGGCCCGAGAGGCCGAAGCCAAGGCCCAGCUCCACCUAGAGAAGGCGGAGCACCGGGCCGAUACCGCGGCACCCGGGCACGGAGUUGGCCGGGUCCCCCUCACGAAACAUGCUCACGGAACAGGGCCUACUGGCACUUACACGGCUCCCGGAGGGACUUACCCCACCGGCGAGAAGUAUCUUUAGGUUUUAAGGGUUUUAGUGAA